GGGCCAAUUGUAGAACAUGUCGCGACUUCUUUUACGAUCAAGGAAUCAUAAAAAUUCGCUGUUACGGAGUUGGAGUUAUACCCGGAGUAUCUUAUAGCCAGUUACAAACGACUGACAUAGUGAAGAUUGCCUUUGAGAGAGCCAAAAAUUGUGUUCCAGUGUACUCUGUCAAAUGGCGAACAACAGCAACAACAGUGGCAACGCCACCAAUGUUAAUCUGGGAUAUGUUGCUAUUAAAAAAUAUAUUGAUUAGUUUAAAUGUAAAGAUUACAGCCGACCCAUUUAAUAUCUUGCUCAAUAAUAUGGUGAUGGCAGGAAACGAAAGCACGCCAGCAACCUUGGCAGAUGAUGCAUUAUCCGCGAGACUGCAGUGGCUACGUCAGCGUAGAGAGGCUUUGCAAGAGAAGCUUGCUCAGAAAAAUAAUGAGUUGAAAAACUUGUGUGUAGAAGAGGCAGAGAUAACAGGAGUUCUGCCUCCAGAGAUACCUUUAGAGCCUGGAGAGAGUCCACCAACUUUCCGUAAAAGAGUCGGCUCCACAUUUAUAUAUCCAAGCAAAUUGAUCAACAAACUAAAAGCAUCUGAUCCUGAGGAAUCAGAAUUGGAGUUAGAACGGCAGGUACAACUUGGAAUUGUGGAGGCUGCACUUGAGGUUGUCAAUGAUCCUACAGAAAGCAAGGCUACACGGCGCAAACACAGACUCGCCUAUCAGCAAGGUCAACGAAAAUUACAGGAGCUGGAUACGGAAUUGAACUUUAUUCGCCAGAGUCGUGGUAAAUCACAUCGCCAGACAACACAACUACCAGCUGGAACUCAAGGGAAUUACAAUACUCAUCCGCAUUCCCAUGCUAAUGUGAAACAUCGAACCAAAAAGCCACGACCACCGCUGGAUAGUACAGGAAACGAGAUCACUACCUCGAAGUCUCCUGGAAGAAGUAUACUUCACGAGACUGGUAUCAGCCUCAGUCCAUUAGGACCGGAAGACAACAACAAGUGCAACACGUAUCCCGGGCACGGAUACGAAGAGCAGCUGGCCGCGGUGAAUCUUUGCAGCGUCCACCAUCGCAGCGGUACGUAUCCUGGUGUGAGUCCCAUCGAGCAGACCAACAUAAAGAUCGUAGAGCAUGACCACAACGACAACCAAAAUGUCUACAUCCUACCGGACCAAUACCGCGCCCGUACAUACUCUCACGGCAGUGGCGGCUCGCGCGGCCACCGGGAUCACUACCAAGACACCGAGAGGACCUACCGUCCUUACGUGCCGAACACUUACACCGACGACGAGCGGCAGAUGCGCUACCGGCAAUUCCAAUUGCAGCAGCAAAACUUGCACAGGCAACAGCGUUACGAACAGAUAAUGCAGAACUAUAAGUCGCACUAUGGCUCCGCAGAGUACAACGCAGCGGAAAAUGCGGACAUGCUCCGGAGAAUGUACGAAGCAUCCUACGAGCGGGAUGCCCGCGCCUCUCACUACGCGCCUGUCACCGACUACCAGAUCUAUUGCAAGAACUACGGUCAACCUCCACAGAGGCGCGCUGUGGACCGCGAUUCGUCGUCGUCGUCGUCCAGCGGCAAGAACACCUUCCGGCACGUCGGUGCGGGCGCGCCGAUGGUCGACGUGCAAUUGCCGGCUGGCUACUGGGUGCGUCAGGACGACGAGAUCGUCUGGCUGAGCAUGGACGAGGUAGCCGCGACUAGCGACCGAUUCGGCAGUCUGGACCGCAGACGGCGGAACGCUCAGCACAACGGCGGUGUCAGUGCGAAUCCAGACGCGCAAUCACGCUACCGCACCGUCACAGUCGCCAGCACCAAAGCUACUGCGCACGGCAACGCCUCCGCCGUGCCAUCUCCGUCGGCCCACCAGCAUCAUUCCGUCCACCUGUUGCCGCUGUCUGAGCAGCAGAUACCGGCAAACAACAAGAUGCUGCUGCGCACGCAGUCGUUGGGAAGCGUGGAGACGUGGCAAUCGGGUCACAGCCAUGAUUCUCACGACGGCAAGGACAUCACGCCGACAGAGUACUCUAAUCGGAAGAGCCGUCAGAAGGAGUGGUAUGAGACGUCCCUGGACUCGGGAGUCAGCAUGGGUCUGGAUCAGAACCUGAUCGCCACUCGCAAGAACGCGCAUCAUCAGUCAAGCUCGCCGCCAGCUCGCGUGAAGGACGAUCAGGUAAUGAUCGGGCCACCAAUGAGUCCGGUAAACCGUCGGAAGAGAGACAAGCUGGAAGAACGGCAACAUAUGAUGCAACAGCAGCCUCACGCGCGUUACGACCAAUCCGCGACAAGGCCGAAGGUGCUGGAGAUACCGGCCGAAUCGAAGCCGCCCCACGACGCCUGCGACGACACAGUGCGAGCGCCGUUGGGCUCGCCGCAGAACUGCACGGUGGUGCAGGCGGGCAAGUAUCAGCCAUACCGGGAGGUGACUAAGCCCUUUGAGAUGUCCGACUUCUACAAGUACUCCACUAAGUUCCGAAAGAGGAAUGAAGCCACCGGUCAACCCCAGCAGCUCGGCAACGACUCGCCGCUUCAGGAGAACCGACCCGUCGCCGAUUGCACACUGCCAGCUGACUUAUCCAAGGAUCCCAACGCCUAUGGCAGUUAUGGGCAGAAUGGCACUGCCAGCGUGACAGCCAGUCCGGUGCAGAGGAAAAUCUACCAGCCGGUGCAGCGAAUGACCUGCCAACCGUACCUCGCAUCCUUGAGAUAAUCUCGCACGCGUCGUCAUGUCCGUUUGCACUGUCACGUUAUCAUACAUAUCAUAAAAUUAUCGUUGCAAAUAGGUUAGUCUUAUCGAGAGAUAUUUCUUUUGUUCUCUCUCUCUCUCUCUCUCUCUCUCUCU